CGGAGCUUGCAAGUUUGCAACGGAAGAUUUCGCAAUUGGCGGCCCUGGUGGAAGAGUCGGUGAAGGAGAAGGAGCCUGGCAGCGUCGUGGCGGAUGCAGCCAGUAGGGGUGGCUGGGUUGCUGCCCCCAGAGGCCAACGAGAAGAGCCCACGCUGCCGCUCGGCGGUGGCGGGGGAUUUCUCCAGCAGCAAACGAGAGAUAGUGGGCAAGGACCACGGUCGCUGCUGGAAGGCGGCUGGGCCAGCAGAUCGGGAGCGAACCCUGUUGGACCAGCCGGAGUGGGCCCGGGCAUAGGACCGGACUACGGGGAAGCGAGGGGGUUAAACCCCCCAGGUGAGAUACCCGUGAUUCGAGGGAAUGGAGAAUACCUGGACGGCUACAGCAGUAGCCACCAGAAAAGGGUGACGGUCAAUGCCCCGCUAGACGGGAAAAGCCGUAGCCACGGGUUUGAUUCGUGGCGCAAGUCCUUCAUCCAAGCUGCGAAGACCAUCGACUUGGACGGGCAGUUUAUAGG